AUGGAUAUAGACUCAUACAGAUACAAGGUUCCAAAACCAAACUACUUACCUCAUAAACCGGAUGUCGACCGUGAAAAUGUCGUCGAAGAGUACAAUACUCCCUUAGGCCUCUCCAGCGAAACUGAUGACAUCAAAUUCUAUCACAAGUGCAAGCGCUAUGCGGAAGAGUCCGGCGUCACCCGCCCAAAGGGCUACAACGUGUCGUUUCAUUGCAACCCGGAAAUGGAGAAGUAUCACUUUGGGCAAAAUCACCCUAUGAAGCCGUGGCGACUUGCGCUUUCCAAGAGUCUAAUAUAUUCAUAUGGCAUGUCAUUUGCCAUGGAUAACUACAUCUCUCGCACUGCCACAUACGAGGAACUGGCGGGCUUCCACUCGACCGACUACCUUGAUUUUCUGGGCACAGUCCUACCCGAGCCUGUUCCCCGGGACCUGGAAAGCCAAAACCCAGACUUGAGAUUCAAUCUCGGUGGUUCCGACUGUCCUCUCUUCGAAGGUCUUUAUGACUACUGCUCCAUGUCUGCAGGGACCGCGAUGGAUGCAGCGAGGAAGAUCUGCUCAAAUCAGUCAGAUAUCGCAAUCGCCUGGGGAGGAGGACUGCAUCACGCAAAAAAGGCUGAGGCCUCUGGGUUCUGCUAUAUCAACGAUAUUGUCCUUGCUAUUCUGCAACUUCUCCGCUUCUACCCACGAGUACUCUAUAUAGACAUCGACGUACACCAUGGCGAUGGUGUAGAGGAGGCUUUCUUCUCCACUGAUCGUGUCAUGACGGUUUCUUUCCACAAGUACGACCCAAACAACUUUUUCCCGGGCACUGGCGCCCUCGAGGACAACGGCCCAAAAAACGAACAUAACCCCGGCUCGCACCAUGCUUUUAAUGUACCACUUAAUGACGGAAUUACCGAUGAGCAAUACAAAUGGCUCUUUGAUCGCGUGAUCGGGGACAUUGUUGCCAAGUUCCGCCCAGGCGCCAUCGCCUUACAGUGCGGCGCCGACUCGUUAGCCGGAGACCGGCUUGGCCGCUUCAACCUCCAGGUCCAGGGCCACGGUGCUUGUGUCGAGUUCUGCAAAGAGAAGAAUAUCCCCAUGAUCCUCUUUGGCGGUGGUGGAUAUACCCCACGAAACGUUGCUCGCGCAUGGACAUACGAAACGUCGAUUGCCAUAGAGUACAACAAGAAAAUCGACCCGACCCUUCCCCAGCAUGCACCGUGGAGGGACCAUUUCCGCCACGAUACGCUCUUCCCUACUCUAGAGCAAACCUUGGGCGAGCCGCGACAGAAUCGCAAUCCCCAGAAGCGCUUACAAGAAAUCGUCCAGCACGUGACUGAGCAGUUGCGAUUCGUUCAAGCGGCACCCAGUGUCCAGUUUCAAACGAUUCCUCCCGAUUUGGGCGCAAUUAGAGAUGAUGUCGAGGAUAGGUUGAAGGAAGAAAAUGAGGAGAAGCAUGAUGAGAUCCGGAGGGCUCGGGAGGCAGCAGUGGGCACACCGAUGGAGAUGUGA